UUUAUGUCUGAUGUUUUAACUUUAAGAAUUUUAAAUCAAAAAUACAAAACAUUAACAUAAAUAUUUCGAAUUUAUGCCAAAAAAAUCAACUUCUGGACCAUAGUGCAAUGCUUGAAGAGACGCGUGAAGCUGAAAGAAAGUACAUUCAUCAAAAGUAUACCUUUCUUGCCCAGCAACAGGGAGUAAACACAAUCCCCUUCCCAGAGAUUGGACCAACUACUGCACAACUAGCCGCAAGACAAGUCUUGCCAGCGGAUCUUCCCCCAUUUAGCGGUAAUCCAGAGGAAUGGCCCAUGUUCAUAAGUAUGUACGAAAACAGUUGCGCUGUAGCAGGCUUUUCGAACGCAGAAAACAUGCUGCGGCUUCAAAAAUGCUUGAAGGGAAAAGCGUACGAGUUGGUCGAGUACGUGCACAAAGAUAAGCUGGAGACACUAAUAGACUUCGCCAUGGCAGUCCGCAACGCCUGCGCCACAAUGGAAGCUUGCCGGUUACAUAGACACAUGGUCAAUCCAAUGCUGCUACAGGAACUCGUUGACAAGUUACCUACUCAUCACAAAUUAAGCUGGGCUAUGCAUCAACGCUGUGAUUCGAUUCCCAUAAUACAAUCUUUCAGCGACUGGCUAUAUAAACUAGCGGAAGCAGCCUCUACCGUACUACCCGGAUCAAGCGCAAAGACCAACAGUGUAAACACCCAUUCACAAACUCGACGAGGAUCGUCGAACGAAGCAACUUUCGAUACGGAGGUCGAUCUCCAAGAAGAAACCAGAGCGAGCCAAACGUGCAUUAUGUGUAAUUCUACUGAACACACCGCCGCCCAAUGCGAAAAAUUUAAGCUGCUAACUGUUCCAGAAAGACAAAGAAUUAUAAACGACUCUCGGGCUUGCUACAGAUGUUUGAAGGCCCAUCGCCGUAAAUGUUUUUCCAGGCGCGACUGCGGAGUCGACAACUGCCAAUCCAAGCAUCACCCGUUACUUCAUAGAGAUCCACCUCAAUCAGAGCUAGUUAGUGCUCAUCAUGAAGAAGGCAUUAUGGAAGAACAAUACUUCCGAAUUCUGCCAGUCACUCUGUAUGGAAAUGGAACUUCCAUUAAUACAUUUGCCUUUCUGGACGAAGGCUCAUCAGUAACUCUCAUCGAAAGCGUACUCCUGAAAGAUCUAAAAAUUGCCACAACAAAUGAACCGCUAUGCCUAUAGUGGACCGGCGGCACCACCAGAAUGGAGGAUACUUCAGAGAGAGCGCAACUUCAAAUAUCAGAGACUGGAAAUUCGAAAAAGAUGUGGCUUAACAAAGUGCACUCUGUUAAAAAGCUGUUAUUACCAAAGCAGACCGUUGAUGCAGACAAACUAUGCAAAAGGUAUAAAUAUUUACAUGGAUUGCCUCUGAAAUCAUAUUAUAACGCAGAGCCUAUGAUUCUUAUCGGUACUAACAACUGGGCAUUAGCAAAUCCCAGAAAAAUUCGUGAAGGAAGACGCAACGAACCCAUCGCCUCAAAAUGUGCUCUAGGAUGGAGCAUCCAAGGAACAGGAAACUCAAGCAAACAUGUUUCUCUACAUCACUGCGAAUGCAACUGGGGCGAACUCGACAAAGCCAUCAAGGAUAGUUUUAAUGUAGACCCUAUAGCUCCACGAAAGCUUCAAUCGGAAGAUGACAAAAAGGCCAUACGCAUUCUUGAAGACACAUGCAAAAAGGUAAAUGGCCGCUACCAGGUUGGUCUUCUUUGGCGAGAUGACCGUGCUACGCUCCCAGAAAGCCUUUAAACUGCUUUAAGACGCCUGGAAUGCCUGCGGUCAAAAAUCAAGAGAGAUCCAGAAUUUUUCGAGCGAGUUCAAGACCAAAUCAACAAUCUUGUGUCUAAAGGAUAUGCAAUCGAACUAGAACCUGCAGACAUAAAUAAGGAAGAACAUCGGGUAUGGUAUCUCCCAAUUUUCAUCGCCUUAAAUCCUAGUAAACCUAAUAAAGUACGAUUGGUUUGGGACGCAGCUGCGAAAAGUCACGGGAAAUCUCUUAACGAUUUUAUUUUAAAUGGACCCGAUUAUCUAAAUCCACUCGCAGAGGUUCUUAUGGCAUUUAGAGUUGGCCGUAUCGCCGUGUGCGCCGACAUUGCAGAGAUGUUCCAUCAAAUUACCAUACAAGAAAGCGAUAUGCAAGUUCAAAGGAUCUUAUGGUUCCAUAACGACAAAAAAACCCCAAGGACCUUCGUCAUGCGUUCGAUGACAUUCGGAAUUUGCUGCGCACCUUGUAUCGCCCAUUAUGUACGCGACAAAAACGCAGAGGCAUUCAAAGACACAAAUCCUCGAGCAUACGAGUCCAUAACCAAGGCACACUAUAUGGACGAUCUCAUCGACACCUACAAUAAUGAUUCCGAGGCGGUAUCAGUGGCAUCAGCAGUCAAGGAUAUUCAUGCGAAUGCAGGAUUCACAAUAAGAAACUGGAUCUCAAACUCCGCCGCGGUAAUGCAUCAUUUUGGAGAGCGCCAAUUAAACACCCACAAUCCAAAGGAACUUGGUGGACCUGAAAAGGUUCUCGGUUCGCAAGACUUCAAAGAGAUGUCCUGAACGGAGACGCUACACCAACCAAGCGAGAAAUCCUGCAGGUACUCAUGUCCGUCUUUGAUCCACUUGCUUAAUCUCUUGCUACACAAUCGGCCUAAAGAUGCUACUUCAAAAAGUGUGGCGGUCAGGCAUAGACUGGGAUGAGGAACUUCCCGAAGAGCUACUUCAGUUUUGGAUGCAAUGGAAAAUCGUCCUUCUACAAGCUACUAAUUUGGAAUUUCCCCGUCACUACUCCAGAUUGCUACCAGAAGCAGAGCAAAUCGAUCUACAACCUUCGUAGACGCCAGCGAAUACGCUUAUGCCGCAGUUUCAUAUCUUCGUAUAAAAAAGGAAAACAAUGUCGAUACAGUCAUAGUAGCCGCAAAAUGCAAGGUUGCACCGCUGAAACCCGUCUCCAUUCCACGUAUGGAACUCCUGGCAGCCGUUAUGGGAGUCGGACUAGCAAAAAAAAUCAAAAACACGCGAGGUUUACGAAUCGAUAACUGCACUUACUGGUCAGAUUCUAAGACUGUUCUUCAGUGGCUAAAAAUCGACCCACGCAAUUUCCAACCCUUCGUCAUGCACCGAGUUGGCGAGAUCAUUGAUAAUACUACCAUUAAUCAGUGGCGCUGGGUUCCAACAAAAGAAAACAUAGCAGACUUAGCCACAAAAAUCGUGAAGGCUCCAGAGGCUUCUCUAUGGAUUAAAGGGCCCCACUUUCUUAUCCAGCCGGAGGGUGAAUGGCCAGAACCGGACGUGUCCUUCAAUGAAGAAACAAGCAAGAUUGAAUUACGUAAGCAUGUACUCAUAACAACCAAUCUAAAGAAUUUCGAAUUUGCAGUUUACUAUUUUUCGGACUGGAAACGCUUAUACAGGGCU